CAAUAAGUAUCUGACAGUCGACGCCAUUGGAUCUGCCAUUUGCCAAUAUGGUCGUGCAAGUGCAGGUGCUUAGCGUGCAGUCCGUGGAGACGGCCCCCAGCCUUCUUCUGUCCACGGAGACGCGACGUUUCCUAUUCAACGUCGGAGAUGGCACGCAGCGACUGUGUAUGGAGCACCACGUACGUCUAGCCAAGCUGCAGCACGUUUUCCUGACUGAACUCCGGUCUCAUACUGUUGGAGGCCUCCCCGGUAUGGUGCUCACCGUCUCGGACACGGGUAAAUCCGGUCUACACGUCCACGGACCGCCCAAUACUAAACAGUAUUUGAAAGCUACACGUCACUUUUUGUAUCGCCCGGAGUUCAAACUGGAGGCAUCAGAGGUGCUUCCGAUUAGCCCUGAAGAUAAGGAGAAGGGUGUUAAAAGCUGCUAUGAAGAUGACGAGGUGGUGGUGCACGCUGUAGCCGUAGCAAAGCCUCGGGCUGGAGCUAAGCGGAAACUGAACGAGAGUCCAACGUCCGAAGGUGAAGAAACUCAUGUGAGUGUGAGCUACGUGGUGGAGACUAGACCUCAAAGAGGUAAAUUUCUAGUGGAGAAAGCAAAGGCGUUAGGUGUACCGAAAGGCAAAUUAUUCGGACAACUACACCAGGGCAAGGAUGUGACACUUCCCGACGGCAAAGUGGUCAAGUCGAGUGACUGUGUGUUGCCAUCGGCUCCCGCAGCGGCUUGUGUAGUGGUUAGUUGCCCUACUAUUGCACAUGUAGAUGCACUGGUGAGUAGUGAAGGCUUCAACAGAUACAAAGAGACAGAGGGGAAGGAUCAAGUGCAGGUGGAAGUGGUGUUUCAUCUCGGGAGUCUCGACGUUCUGCGUCACCCGAAAUAUGCAGAGUGGACACGCAGUUUCGGUGCUCAAGCACGUCACGUGCUGCUCGGACACGACGCUUGUGCACAGAAGACGGUGUAUCGCGCUUCAGCCAAGCUCCAGGCUCAGCUACACGCUGUCUUUCCCCACGCUUUUCCGUCCAACGAAGCACAUGAACUGCGCGACCCAAUCGAACCUUUCUCACGUGUUCUAGACGCCUCAUUGGACCUCACCGACACGUCGAAGCUGUCUCUAGGCGAGAGUAUGCUUAAGUUCAUUCUGUCUCCUCAAGCUCGUCGCGGCUUUGACUCGUCCAGUUGUUGGCCACGUCUGGACUUCGACGAGAUCUGCGAGAGUGUAGUAGAUAUCGCAGCUCAAGAGCCUGAAGCCUCGAAGCUGGAUGAAGACCUCGUAGACGGUCGCAUCACGUUUUUGGGCACUGGGUGCGCUAUUCCGUCCAAGUAUCGCAACGUCACCGGCAUGUAUCUAGAGCUCCCGACAGGGAAAGACGACGAAGAGUGGGCUGGGAUGAUGCUGGACUGUGGAGAAGGCAGCUUGGGACAGAUGUAUCGCUACGCUGGAGGUGAUAGAAGGCGUCUACAGGAGCUGGUGGAUCGUCUCAAGUGCGUCUGGAUCUCGCACAACCACGCUGACCAUCAUCUCGGUUUGCUACGGUUAUUAAGCGCUCGUGUGUCGACCAUGGAGCCGCUACUGGUCAUCGGACCUACGCCGCUCCAGUUCUGGCUGGACGAAUACUCGACUCAAGACCCGACGGUGCGUGGCAAAUACUCGUUCGUAGAGAACUACAGCUUCGACGAGAGCGACUCUCGCAGCGAAGAGGUUGAAUUCCAUGCUGAAGCUGCUCGCGUCCGUGUGUGGCUGAGAGAGACGUUGAAUAUAUCGCAGCUCGAGUGUGUUCCGGUCAAACACGCACAUCAGUCGUACGCUGUUGUAUUGACGUUCACUGACGGCGCCAAGCUGGCGUUCUCUGGAGACUGUCGGCCGAGUGAGAAGCUGGCGACAAAGGCCAAAGGCGCGUUCCUGAUCGUCCACGAAGCCACGUUCGAGGACGAGUUGACCAAAGAAGCCAAGGACAAGGCGCACUGUACCAUGGCUGAGGCGAUUCAGGUCGGACGGCAAGCCAACGCGCGUCACCUGCUGCUCACGCACUUCAGUCAGAGGUAUCCCAAGAUGGCGGUGCUGUCAGCUACUAGUGACGACGAUCAGAGUCCGAUGGAGGUGCUGACGGCGAUCGAUAUGUUGUCUCUGCGCUUCCGUGAACUACGCCAGCCCAAGCUGAUGGACGUGUGUACGCAGCUCAUGACGCAGGACGACGAGGAGGAUUCCGAGGCUGCGGCGAGUCGUAGGGCUCAACAGGAGCGCGAAGACAAGAAGAAACAGAAGAGCAUUGAACGUGGCGAACAGUAAACUCUAAAUCAAACGACACUGAAUUGACUGUGUCCUCAACUUUGACUUACCUACAGCGCUCCGUCCACGACGCCAUCACGAGAAUAUUCACGCAGCACAGCAGGGAUAGAAGUAGGCGGGAUCAUACCCAGCUCCGUGACCACCAUAGACACGUAGUCGAUCGGAGUCACGUCGUACACGAGGUUCAGCAGCUUCAGAUCAGCCAAGUCACGCCAGUCGGACAAGAUGUGGCCGCUCGAGGCACCACUGGACGCAUUCCCGACACUGCCGCCAGUACGACGUCGAGAGUGCGGCUUAUCGAUGCAGUACGAAGACACGAGCUCGUCGGGAUCUCCUAGUUCGUUGUGCGUGAUGGCGUCCAGCUGCACGCGGUCGGAGAACUUGUACGUCUCGCAGCAGAACAGCACGGGAACAUUGGCUUCGUGCGCAGUCAUCGCCACCAGGGCCGUCCCCACACGAGCCACAGCCACACCGUUGCUCAUAAAGGCUGCAGCUCCCAGGAACACCUUGGUAACUUCUCGCAUAAUGUACGACAGCGCGUUGAUCUGCAGGUAGGUGCACUGCAAACCCGCACUAGCGAGUGCACUGACCAUCUUGCGACCUUCAUAGUGCGGACGGGAGUCCACGACGAUAAUCCGCAGACUGGCAGCGAUCUCGGGCGACGUCUUGGCUGUUUCCAGUAGCAAUUCCUCCACCACAUUGGCUCGCGCGUACGUCAGGAUGACGUCUCCUUCGCUGAUCUUGGACUGCGCGUUCUUGACCACAGCACGCGAGGCCAGCAAGAUGCGGCUCUGCACGUAGUCGUCCAUCUCCUCGCGGAUACGACGCUUGGCUUCUUCCUCGCUGAGUUCCGGGGGAGUCGAGCCGAUAACGCGACGCAGUCGGCGGAUGGCGUUGCCCAUGCCGAUACCGUGCGGUCUGCAGUCGAUAAGGUACUGAAUUAACGGACGUAGACGCUUGUCCAGGUCGCGACGCAGUUGUUUAUCCUGCGGAGUCACAUAGUCGUCGAUCACUUGCUGGAAUGCGGUGAUC